AUGGAUUUGAGACUGAUCCUAGAUCGGAAUGACUGGUUUCCGGCCACGUUGACGAACCUUGCCCAUGUUGAUAAAACCACUACUAGGAUUAAGGCCAGGCUAACCCCAACCCAGUUAGACAUGUUUAGGCAAACAUGUUUCGGUCCUAUUUUGGACAUGGGCGUUGUUUUCAACGGUCCAUUGAUCCAUCACCUGUUGUUGAUAGAGGUUGAAGAGCCUAGACAGGACGUCAUUAGCUUUGACUUGUUUAGGAAGAGGGUGUCUUUUGGUAAGCGAGAGUUCGACCUAAUCACCGGGCUCAGUCAUAAGAUGAAUAGGGUAAAUAAUCAUAUUCCUGGACGAAGACUUAGAGCACGUUACUUUAAAGACAGUGUUAGGGUUAAGUGUAGUGAGCUGGAGAAGAUUUUUUUGGAGGACAUUUUUUACGACGACGAGGAUGUUGUGAAGGUUGGCAUAGUUUACUUCAUAGAACUUGCCAUGAUGGGGAAGGAGAGGAAGCAGUUCAUAGAUACGGUAGGUGUUGUGGAUCGGUGGGAGGCGUUCUGCAACUCUGACUGGAGUUCGAUGAUUUUUGAUAGGACGAUUUGGAGUCUCAAGAACACCCUGAAGGAUAAACUGUCGGCGUACCAACAGAAGGCAACAGCGGACCCCACACACGUUGAGACUUAUAGUUUGUACGGGUUUCCGUAUGGGCGUAUGAGACGAUCUCGAGUGCUGGCGAGUGAGGUUUUCGAUAACACUUGGUCCAAGGUUAAGGAACACUUGUUGGCGACGGAUGCUGAGGAACAACACAUGGUUCGUGUCAUUCUUCCACCAGAAGUCCGUGUUAUACCUGAUCCGCCUGCUGUACCUGAUCGGGCUGUUGUACCUGAUCGAGCUGUUGUACCUGAUCCGCCUGCUUAG